CCCCUCCUGCAGAUUUAUUUGAGUGGUUCAGGCAGAAAGCGGGGAGUUUUAUCACUUUGUACUCUUCCUUAAAUUUUGCAUCUGAUGUCCAUUCAUUUAUUGGAAUCCCAGAGGUUACUAACUGGAGGAUAUCUCUGGGAUUGUGUGUCUGUGUUUUUUUAAUUGAAGAAAGCACUCGUGGUCUGUUAUUUUUAAAAUAUAUAUAGUUUUUUUUAUUGUUAUCUUACCUUUGCCAUAAGUCUGCCCGGAAGAAGUUUCUAUCGCCCUCCGUCUCUCCCAGCGGUUCGAUUGGGAUCCUGUGCCGCCUUUCAGCAUUCCCAGCCCGGAUCAGCAGGUCGGGCCGAAGAUACUUGUCCUUUACACGGAUGUCCCAGGUUCUCUUGCCAUUGAUAAUCGGGAUAAAGCUCAGGGUUUGAGAGAAGAUUUGAGUGAAGAGUGAAGAUUGAUAAAGAUCAGUCAUCUCCUCUGGUACCUUGUCUCCAUUUCUCAGUCAGUCACACACCUCAGUUUGAAAGAUGAAGCUGCCUCUGGCAAUUGGUUUAGUCCUGAUAAUGGAAGUUCUCUUGAUGGAUGGGAUUCAUGCAGCCAAAAGAAGACAAACGAAGAUAAGGGACAGAAUGAUUGCAGAUAGAAAGUGUACAACUGGUCCCAUGGAUCUGCUGUUUAUUAUUGACAGUUCCAGGAGUGUCCGCCCCUUUGAGUUCGAGCUGAUGAGGAACUUUGUGAUUGACAUGAUCAAUUUCUUGAAUGUGGGACCUGAUGCUGCCAGGAUUGCUAUGAUCCAGUACUCCAGCCAGAUCCAGAAUAUCUUCUCCUUCAAGACCUUCCAGAAGAAAGCUGACAUGAUCAAGAGUAUCAAGGAGGUGAUCCCAUUGGCCCAGGGCACAAUGACCGGCUUAGCCAUCAAGUAUGCCAUGAGUAUUGCUUUCACUGAGAAAGAGGGUGCCCGUCCCCUGGUGCAGAAAAUCCCAAGAGUUGCCAUCAUUAUAACAGACGGGAGGCCCCAGGACCGGGUUACUGAGGUGGCAGCGGAGGCUCGGGAGUCUGGUAUUGAGAUCUAUGCCGUCGGGGUGCAGAGAGCAGAGAUGUCCUCCCUCAGAGCCAUGGCCUCUUUGCCACAUGAGGAACACGUCUUCCUGGUUGAGACCUUUGACCUGAUUAAUCAAUUUGCUAAGACCUUCAAGGACAAGCUAUGUUCUCAGGACCUGUGUGCUAAUGUAAAUCAUGGUUGUGAGCAAAUCUGUAUCAGCACACCUGGAUCCUUCCGCUGUGCGUGCCGUGAGGGUUAUGUGCUGAACCCAGACAAGAAGACAUGCACAGCUGUCAACCACUGUGCCCUGGGAGAUCAUGGCUGUGAACAUAUCUGUGUAAGUACGCCUGGGUCCUACCACUGCCGCUGUCGACCUGGGUACACUCUUAAUCAGGACAAGAAGACUUGCUCCGCCAUCAACCUCUGCUCCCUGGGAGAUCACGGCUGUGAGCACAUCUGCGUGAGCACCCCUGGGUCAUAUAAGUGCCGUUGCCGACCAGGAUACACCCUCAACCAGGACAAGAAGACCUGUACCAUGGUGAACUAUUGUUCAUUUGGGAACCACAGCUGCCAACAUGAAUGUGUCAGCAUUCUGAAUGGAUACUACUGCACGUGCCAGGAUGGAUUUGAACUGCAGGAUGAUGGGAAAACAUGUAAAGCUGUUGACAUGUGUAACACGGUGGAACAUGGGUGUGAGUUCGAGUGUGUCAGCACCCCUGGGUCAUACUUCUGCAUCUGCCCUGCAGGGAGGCAACUCAAUGAGGAUGGGAAGACCUGUAACAGAUGCAGUAAGGCAAACAUUGACCUGGUCUUUGUCAUUGAUGGUUCCAAAAGUGUGCGACCCGAGAACUUUGAACUGGUGAAGAAGUUUGUGAACAACAUUGUAGAUGCCUUGGAUAUCUCCAGCCAGGGGACCCGUGUUGGCUUGGUGCAGUAUUCCAGCCGUGUGCGCACUGAGAUUCCGCUGGGUGUGCACACAUCCGCUGUGGCUGUGAAGAAGGCGGUGAACAAUGUGGUGUACAUGGAGAAGGGCACCAUGACUGGACUCGCUCUCAAACACAUGGUGGAGAACGUCUUCACUGAAGCAGGAGGUGCCAGGCCUGGGUCUCAGAGCCUGCCCAGGGUAGGCAUUGUAUUCACUGAUGGCCGUUCUCAAGACAGCAUCACCGAGUGGGCCAAAAAGGCCAAAGACGCUGGGAUCACCAUGUAUGCUGUUGGUGUCGGUAAGGCGGUGGAGGAUGAACUGCAAGAAAUUGCCUCAGAACCAGUGGAUCAACACUUCUUCUACGCUUCAGAUUUUAACAUCAUCGAUCAAAUCGCUGAGAAUCUAAAAGUGAACAUUUGUGAGGAGGAAGUGACUGGGCAGGAGACGAUUAAAGAUCCUUGUGCUUGUGAAACCCUCGUAGCAUUCCAACAAGACACACUAUCGUUGUUAGAAGAAUUCUCUCAAAAGCUGGCCCAGAUGACAGGAAAGCUGGAUGAUUUGGAAAACAGGUUGCCAAAGGCAGUGAAAUAAAAUGUGAACAGAAAACUCACCACCAUCAUUGCACCAUCCGAGGUGUUCCUGCGUCGCUAAAGUUAUUUUAGCUUUUUGUGUAAUUGUCUUAUUUUCUGGGUGUUUUUUUUU